AUGUCGCAUUUUAUGUGCAAUUGCAGAUGCGAGAAAACGCUGGAGAAGCUGUUCGAAGGGGCCGUGGUGGGCAGCAAAGUGGCGCGGAUGAUCAGCGGCCGGAGUUCGGAUUACGGGUCGUCGUCCUCGGACAACCGAGCGGCAAUGGGCUUUUUUCUGGACCGGGCCACCAGGGCGCGACUGUUGCUCGAUGGCCACCGGCCGCAAGACGUCCGGAUGCGGUCGUACCGGGCCGAGCCGAUCGUGGUGGCCGCGGCGUCCGGUAACGCGGCCGCCGUGACGUUGUUGUUGCGGUACGGCUUGGCCGAGGAGUCGAUGCGCGCGGCAAUCGCUUACCUGCGCGACUCGGCCACGGCACCGGGCGCGCGGCCGUGCCUGGACGUCUUGCUCAGGGCCGUCGUCUGCUACGGACGGCGCGCGGACCACGACGACGGCGGCGACGUCGUCUGGGACCCGCCGGCUCUCAUGCAUCUGGCCAGGUGCGCCGUCCGCAAGGCUCUGCACGACGAAUUCGGCCUACCGCACGGCAUACCGCGUUUACCCGUGCCCCGGUCACUGGUUUCGUAUUUGGAUCUCGAGUGUUGACCGCGCUGCAGUUUCUACCGUCGGCCCUACCACCGCGGUAUCGUGAUAAAAAAUAACGUGUAGAUUUGUCUAGUCGUACAUAAUACAAUGAUGUAAUGUUGUAAUAUAAAGUGCUUCGCGUCGUAUAUUGUUAUGCAGAAACGUAAUCGGUAGCGCGUUUAGGAAAAUAUUCCCUUUUCGAGCGUUAGAUUAAAAAUUCGCUUUCCUACGUUAUUAUUGCGACUUGCGCGUCGCAGCACCGGAGUAAACUAUGUACUGCAGACUGCAGUCGAACGAUUCUGACGGCUCAUCAGACCGAAAACCCAAAUCGAAUUUACCCGAAACCUCUUGUGGACGGAUAAUCGUAGGUUUACGAGGGAGGACGGGAGAAACACUAUAUAUACGCCGACAAUCAGUUUUCGACAUUUACGACGUUUUCUAGGCGUGGAUACGCCGCAAUAAUAUUAUUAUUUAUUUCUACACAAUGUACCGCGAUAAUUCAAUACAUUUAUUGUGUAUUACGUAAUAUUAUGUGUGCGCAGUU